GGGUGAUUUUUGUGUUUUCUGUUUUGUAUUGUUUUUAUCAAAUUUACUCAUUUUGAAAUAUUCAACUUCUUUCACGUAAAAAGUCUCUGAUUCGGAAGAAUCUUUGUAUUUACUAUUUGACCUCUCUCCUUAUAUGUUCAUUCAGAUUCGUGACUACUAAUGUUUGUUCGCUCUUUGGACCAUGCUUGUUUCUAAACUGCUCAAGCGAACUGAAGGAUUUAGAGACUCAUGGAAUUAUGAUUUGGCUAUCAAACGACUAGGACUGAUACAGUGCAGAUCUGAACCACCUUUGCAAACGGCUCCAAUAUUUUGUUGCAAGUUUUGCCCCACACCUGGACUCACAGAUAUUCUUGCCUAUGCAGAUGAAGAGGGAAAAGUAUUCAUCCUCAAUACGAAAAGUGAAGAAAAUUUCAACAGCCGGAGAAACAGGAAUUGUGAUGAAGUGAUUGCUAGUUUUGUUGCCCACUACAAUGCUAUCUUCGAUCUUGCCUGGUCAGCCACUAGUUAUAGACUUUUAAGUGCAUCUGGUGAUCAUGCUAUUCACUUAUGGGAUGUGAGAACGCAGGAGUGCAUAGCUGUUUUUAACAACUGUAAAAAAUCAAUCAAAACCGUCUCGUUCGAACCUGAAAGCGAUAAUGUGUUUGCUGUUGGAGGCCGCGACGGCAACAUAUAUGUUUGUGACAUACGAGAAAAUCCAGCACAUGCUGAUGGCCUUUCGAUCGAGUGUUCAGGUGAAAUCCCUCAGGCUCAUGGGUCCAUAGGACCUAUGAAACGGAAAAGACAGAACAAUGUAUUGCCUCCUCGCGCUGAAAGUAUAACUAAUGUUUGUUAUCAGGAUGAGCAUCAUCUUAUUUCUUGUGCAGACGGAGAUGGGCUCAUCAAAAUCUGGGACUUGAGGAACAUUCGCAGGAGGGGUCCAGGUUUGAAGCCACCGCAACCGUAUGAAACCUUAAAGCAUCCUGGAAACAAUAGUCUCAAAGGUUUUACAAGUCUAGCAGUAAGCCCAACAGGAAUAUGCUUGUAUGCCAGUUGCUAUGACAGUCAUAUCUAUUGUUACAACAUAUCCACUUAUGACCAAGAGCCAAUGUAUUCUUAUACGGGACAUGAAGGCAGCUCUUACUAUGUCAAGAUUACCUUGAGCCCUGAUGGGCAUUAUUUACUCUCAGGUUCGAAGGAUUCCUCCGCCUAUAUUUGGAGGGUCGACACCUCUCCGUGGCCUAUCGUUACUUUACCAGAUCAUGUUGGAGAAGUAACGGCAGUUGCUUGGUCUCAGGAUAUCAACUCAUAUUUUAAAAUCGUUGCCUGCUCAGAUGAGCCCAGUCCUGCUAUAUGGCGAGUGGAAACAAAUAUCACUGAUAAAUCAUCUGAUCUCACCGUUAUUCGAUCAGCGCAGACCUAUGAAGUUCCUGAGUCGGCCAAGAUACAACCGUUGCCAAAUUUACCUUUGCAGUACGAAAAAAUUUUGAAAGUGCUCCCUGUCUCCGAAG